AUGGGCCUCGUCGGCGUUUUCUCAUCUCACGCACCCUCACCAUCUAUGGAGGAGGCGUACUCGACAAAGGGACCAUAUGGACUUGAUGUGUUGUAUGAUCCGGACUUUGCAAGUGUGGACAUCGUCUUCGUCCACGGAUUAACAGGAAACAGAGAAUCCACGUGGACGGAUAAACAGUCGAAAAUCUUUUGGCCUAAACAGCUUCUUCCACGUGAUCUUCCCAAUGCCCGUAUCUGGACUUUUGGGUAUGAUGCCGAUAUCAUCGGGGCUCUGAAGACGGCUAGUUCGAAUACAUUGCGAGAUCAUGGGAAAUCUCUUAUGCAUGAUCUGUCACUUGCGCGGCUGAUGCAAAAAUCUCAUCGUCGCCCUCUGAUCUUCGUUGCUCAUAGUCUUGGCGGCCUCGUUACGGAACAGACACUUGUUUGUGCUCGCGAAUCGCCUCAUCAGCAUCACAAGGAUCUCUUCGAGUCGACGUUCGCUAUUACGUUUAUGGGGACUCCGCAUGUUGGUUCUGCACAGGCCAACUGGGCUACUCCGUUGACACGAUUGGCCAGUGUUCUGCGUAGAACGAACUCGGAAAUUGUACAGGUUCUAGAGCCGGGGUCUGAGAUGCUUGCCAAUCUACAGCAGGGAUUCCAUACAAUGUUGGAGGAUUAUCGAAGAAAUCAUUCCAAGACUAUUGAGAUGUUUUGUUUCUAUGAAGAAUUGGCGGUCAGAGGGAUUGGCAAGAUUGUCGAAGAUCAUUCUGCUAUUCUGAGUGGCUGUUCUAAUCGCAGUAUCCAUGCUGAUCAUAUGGGGAUGACCAAGUUUGGCAGCAAUCGUGAUCCUGGAUAUGUUGCUGUGAGUCAGCAGUUGUGGUUGUGGAUUUAUACUUUAGAAGAGUCGAACGCGCAGGCGCAGGCUGCUCCGGUGAGUACCACGCAGCUGCAGCCACACCAGCAGCAGCAUACCAUAGAUUCUGGUGGUGGUCCUAUAUUUCUUGGAAGCGUGACUGCGGGUCGAGAUUUUAUAAAUUCGACCCAGACUAGAUAA